UGCGCAGAGUGAGGCUCAGGCCGAGGACACAGAAAGUGCGCAUGCGCGGGGCUUUUUAGCGGUUGGAUGGAUGGAGCCUUCACCCCGGCGGUCGCUGCAGCACUUGCCGCGCACCGCUCCCGAACAACCGCGUCCGAGAGCAGCAUGAAACCGGAAAGACCCCAGAAGACCCGCUUGGCCCUAAAUAAGAAACCUAAGCCUCUUCCUCCUGUUCAUGCCAAAGGCACCAAUUCCAGACCCGUCCGCAUGGAGCCGGAUGUGAACCCCCAAGAUGAGAAGCAGCACCGGAAAAAUGUGCCAAGACGCUCCCUUCAUGUUCCAAGAGAAGACGCUGACGGUCCGGCCCCCACUUCUUUCAAGCCUCUCUGUCCUGCCAAGCCUUCCCCCAGUUUUCUGGAGCUCCCUUCUUCUCAAUGGAAGCCCAGCCAAGGCUUGCCUUAUUCCCAGGCCAACCGCUUAGGGAAGGGAAAGAGGCACUUCUCACCAGACCACCAGCCCCAGGAAUGCUUCGGUCUCCUCGAAUGCAUGCACAACAACCUCCAGACCCAGACGCAGAUCGCCCAGGCGCAACUCUCCCUCUUGGAAGACAUGCGGGAAUCCAUAAACAUCCUUCUCUCCCGGCAGGAGAGGAAGAAACCGGACCAGCCAGAAACACAUCCUCCGCCAAAGGGCUCUUCCUCCUCUCCCAGCCCUGGCAGCUAGCAGCAUCACAAGGACGUCUUGCUCUCCAACUCGGCACUUGCAUAGCAUCCAUUGACUCCUUUCCCUUCCGCCGCAGCAAUGUACAGUGUUCCUUAGAUUCACAGUGGCUGUGGCAACGCUACCCCAAAAUGGUGUUUUGGAAAUAAAUCCGGUUGUUGUAUGUUC